CGUUCCGUUCCGGCUUUUACACCGUCCCCCACCCAGCUGUAGGGAUAAGUUUCGGUUCCUUCCCUUCACACUAAUUUAGUCCAGGAAAAAGAGCGUUUGUGCCGGGCCUCUAUGCUUCUUGUCUUUUACCAUCUCAAGCAAACCGCGGCUGGAAGCCCUGCGAGAGAGUCCAGGCGAGAAAAUGGCGAGCAGCGCCCGCUUCACCUUCCCUGUGGAAGGCAACGGGGGUUUGCCGCGCUACGAGGAGCACAAGGAGGAGCGUGUGAUGGCGAUGGUCGGUGUUACGGACCCGUCGGCUGGAUCUACCGUGAUCCACAUGCACCAAAGCCAGGUCUAUGUGACGCCGCCCCGCGACCACUUCCUCUGGUCCAUCUGCAGCAUGCUGUACUUCAACUUUUGCUGCCUCGGGUUCAUGGCUCUGGUCUUUUCCAUUAAGGCAAGAGAUCGCAAAGUGGUUGGUGACUACAGUGGAGCUACCAGCUAUGGUUCUACUGCCCAGUGCCUCAACAUCACAGCCCUGUGCCUGUCCCUCCUGACUCUUGUCCUUGGCAUCAUCCUCCUGGUAGUAUUAUGCUAGUCUGCAGAUUCCUGGAGGAAAUUAGGAAGGCUAUUGAGAACUAUUCCUCAAAGUGAUUUUUCCUUUAAAACAGUUGACCACCUUUCCCCCUCCCCUUACUUCUCAGGCCUUCCCUUCAAGUCACUUCCUGAUGUGGUGGUGGUCUUUUGCUUUCCAUGGACACCAGUCUGUAGUUUGUCAAAGGGUAGCCUUUACCUGAAGAGUCUACUAUGGUACUUCCAGUGAUGCCAAGAUGGAGCUGAUAACUGUUGAUUUCAAGAGUUGUCAAGCUGUGAAGUGUGUAUUUCAGAGGGUUUUUUUAAUGUUCCACAAAGCCCUAGUGCCUCUUCUGACCUCUUUGAGUUAUUUUUCUACCUACUAUAACCAGCCAACUUCCUCUUUUACCGGUGCACAUGGCAACCCACCUCAUGCUCCUGAUGCAAAGAAGACAAACACUCUAGUUGUUACCUUUUUUCUAUUUCUUUGUAAUGAGAGGUGCCUGUCGAGCUUGGUUUCGUCAGCUCCAAUACGUUUAUUUUAAAAUAUAUGAAAAAAAACUCCAA